GUGAUGUAAUCAGGAAGUGCCGAUCAUGAACGUGGUUAUUUGUUUACAGCUGCAGACUCUCCGUUUUAAUCUAAAAACUUACUUACUAUAACUAAUUAUCCUCUUAUUUCAAGGAAAAAAUAUUUUAAUUAUUUUCAGAGUGCAAUAAUAUCGUUUUUGUUUCAUACUGACUUGUUUACGAUCUUAACCGGCUGAACGCUGUUUUUUUCUCUCUUUUUCGGAGCCGACAUUGAAAUAGUUUGAAUGAAUGAUUUCGCUGCUCGUAUUUAAUUUUUGACACAUAGUGCAAACAUGCACCGGAUUUUUUGACCGCCUGAAUGACUCUUUUUGUCGAUUAACGUGGAGCGUAGCAUGUCAGCUAACAUGCAGAGAAGCUAACCUAACGUGGAAGUCGAACAUCAUCAUGACCUCCGUAAAUUCCAAUUUGGGCAGAUAAGGCUUAUAAGGUGUGCGAGGGACAAUAAUGGCAUAAAUGAAUGAAGACCCAGCCACAGAACAGCAGGAUGGCUUUGACUCAAGUUUACUGGGAUCACCACAUUCCUCUGCCAAAGCUGACCUCUCUGCAAGCCAAAGUCACUGUUGCCCUUGUGGCAUUGCUGUGCUUCUGUAAUAGUUAUGAUGGGGAGUUUGUGUUCGAUGAUUCUGAAGCGAUCGUCAACAACAAGGACCUGAGACCAACAACGCCCCUGAGCAGCAUUUGGUGUAAUGACUUUUGGGGAAGCAAUCUGAGAAGCAAUUCUAGUCACAAAUCUUACCGACCGCUCACUGUCCUUACAUUUAGACUGAACCACCUCUUAGCCGGAGGCCUCCAUCCUGUUGGGUUCCAUGUCCUGAACAUCAUCCUCCACGCGGUCAUAUCCGCCCUUAUGAUUGAUGUGUUUGCUAUACUGAUUGGUGGACUGGGCCGCGAUGAGGACGGCCAGAGGUUGAACCUUGCUCCAAAGACGUCUUUUCUUGCUGGCCUCUUCUUUGCUGCACAUCCAGUUCACACGGAAAGUGUUGCGGGCAUCGUGGGCCGAGCUGACCUGCUGUGCGCUCUCUUCUUCCAGCUCUCCUUCCUCACUUACUGUAAAGCCUUCAACAAAGGGAGCGACCGGGACGACAGCUUUUCUGUCCACUGGGUUGCGGUCAGUCUCUUGCUGUGUGCUGCAGCAAUGCUCUGCAAGGAACAAGGCAUCACUGUUUUGGGUGUUAACGCAGCCUUUGAUGUCCUCCUGAUCUGUAAUGUUAAUGUGUACGAACUCAGCCAGAGGCUGCUGUUCAGGAAAAAUUCACUGGCUUUCAGUGAGAUUCUGAGCAUGGGAUUGCUGAGACGCUUGGGUCUUCUUGGUCUUGGGGGGAUCUCGAUGCUUUACAGCCGCUGGAGGAUCAUGGGCACAGGACCGCCGGCGUUUACGGAAGUAGACAACCCCGCCUCCUUUGAAGAAAGCAUCUUGAUUAGAAUACUGAACUAUAAUUACUACUACUCUCUAAAUGCCUGGCUGCUGCUGUGUCCCUGGUGGCUGUGCUUUGAUUGGUCCAUGGGCUGUGUGCCUCUCAUUAAGUCGGCCACUGAUUGGAGGAUGGUGUGGCUGCUGCUGCUCUGGUGCUUCCUGCUAGGCUUGAUAGGCCAAGCCUUAUGCUCACAGGACAGUCAGAGGAGGAGGACUCUGACCCUGGGUCUGGUGCUGCUGGUGGUUCCUUUUCUCCCUGCGUGUAACGUUUUCUUCAGAGUGGGCUUUGUCAUCGCAGAGAGAGUGCUUUAUCUGUCUUCUGCCGGCUACUGCUUACUGCUGGCUUACUCACUGGGACACUGCUGCUGUCGCUGGACCAGAUACAAGAAGUUGCUGCUUGCCUUGACGCUGGCACUCUUAUGUGUGUAUGUCGCUCGCUGCGCCCUCCGGAGCCAGCAGUGGCGGUCGGAGCAAAGCCUGUUCACCAGCGCUCUGUCCGUCUGUCCGCUCAAUGCCAAGGUGCAUUAUAAUGUGGGCAAGAACCUGGCCGACAGAGGGAACACCACUGCUGCUGUUCGCUACUAUAGAGAGGCUGUGAGGCUCCAUCCGACCUACGUCCACGCAAUGAACAACCUGGGAAACAUCCUAAAGGAGAAGAAUGAGCUCAUUGAGGCAGAGCAACUGUUGUCCAAAGCUGUGUCCAUCCAAUCUGACUUUGCAGCAGCUUGGAUGAAUCUUGGUAUCGUUCAGAACAGCCUCCAGAAGUUCGAGGAAGCAGAGCAGAGCUACCUGAACGCCAUCCGCUUCCGCAGAAAAUACCCAGACUGUUACUACAACCUGGGCCGCUUGUAUGCAGACCAAAACAGACAUGUGGACGCUCUGAACGCAUGGAGGAAUGCAACUGUGCUCAAACCUGAUCACAGCCUGGCUUGGAACAACAUGGUCAUCCUGCUGGACAAUUUAGGUAACCUGGCUCAGGCAGAGCUGAUCGGCAGAGAGGCGCUGAGGAUAGUCCCUAAUGACCACACCAUCAUGUUUUCGUUGGCAAACGUCCUGGGAAAAUUAGAGAAAUAUAAGGAAUCUGAGAGCUUCUUUCUUCACGCUCUUCAGAUCAACCCAAAUGCUGCUAGUUGCCAUGGCAAUUUAGCUGUGCUGUAUCAUCGCUGGGGAAAGCUGGAGUUGGCAAAGAAACACUAUGAACUGUCUCUAAAGUUGGACCCUGAGGCUGCUGGGACCAAAGACAACUACAACAUGCUGCUACGCAAACUGGACCAGCUGAAACGCAAGACAGCCUAAGGGGCACCCAAAGAGACUCCUGCCUGCCUACUACAAGGCAGACUUUCAUCCUCGUAUUUGAAAUUGUUUGAUUUUCAGUAGUUUUGUCUUUUGAAAAUCUUGAAAUAAAAGCUAAAGUCUGUGUGUCAGGC